AUGGAGAACGACCCAGAUCUGGUGCUGGACCACAGACAGCCAAUCAGAGCAGCUGUGCAGCAGCUUAAUUUUUCCUCUAAUCACAGACUUGGUGGCUGUAGACUUUCAAGGGCUGACUGUGAAAUUGUGGCCUCAGCUCUGAAGUCCAAUCUUGAUCUGACUGAUCUGGAAAUAGAUCAGAUCGAUGGACGAGGAUCAUUUGGAGACUCUGGAAUGAAGCAUCUGUGUGAGAUACUGGAGAGUUCAAUCUGCAAAGUGAAGAGACUAAGAUUGAAUUACUGCAACUUGUCAGAAACCAGCUGUGCAUCUUUGGUCUCAGCUCUGAAGUCUAACCCUUCCAACCUGACUGAACUGGACUUGAGUGGGAAUGACCUGAAAGAUACUGGACUAGCAAAGCUUUGUGGUUUUCUCCAGACAUCCAUUUGCAAACUACAGAUAUUGAGAUUGGAACGCUGCAAGUUGUCAGAGAUCAGCUGUGCUUCUCUGGGCUCAGCUCUGAAGUCCAACCCCUCCCAUUUGACAGAACUGGAUCUAAGUGAGAACAACCUGAAAGAUGGUGGAGUGAAGCAGCUCAGUGGUUUUCUCCAAUCUCCCCUCUCCAAACUACAGACAUUGAGAUUGAUUGGAUGCGGUUUUUCAAAGGACAGCUGUGCUUCUCUCAGCUCAGCUCUGAAUACCAACCCCUCCCAUCUGACAGAGCUGAACCUGAGUAGGAACGAAGACCUAAAAGAUGAUGGAGUGAAGCAGCUCUGUGGUUUUCUCCAGUCUCCCCUCUGCAAACUACAGACAUUAAAUGGUUGUGGAGAGCCGGAGAGGCACACCCCCCAGAGCACCGAGUCCAGCGCCGGGAGACCCAAAGCCCCAGGCGCCCAAGGGGACCCCAGAAGCGAAGGCACCAAGGCGGGGCCAGCCCCGGAAACCAGACCCCACCAAGGCAGGAGGAGAGACAGCCACGAAGAAGCCCCCCAGCCACCGCCAUGCCGGCGCCCCGGGGAGCCGCGGGGACGAGUCCGCGGGCCCCGCCGGCAGCCGGCCACCCCGAAGUAG